CGUGCCCCCGUGUGCUACCAAAAAAAAAAAAAACGCCUGCGCUGUCGCGCACGCUGCUGCCUCGCAUGCACGCCCACACGUAGGCGCCGGCAGCAGGAGGCAGCACCGCACCGGCGCCGCGGCCCCCAGCUGUUACCUCGGCACGCCCAUCGAAACCCUCCCCCUCGUCGCUCCUCUCUGCCGUCUGCUACUCUGCUCUACCCACCACCGGCGCCCACAUCACGUUACCAGCCAGCACCAGAGCACCCGAGGGAGGAUUCACACAUCACGAUACCGGACGACGCCGAAGAAAAAGAAAAGCGAAGCACACAGCUCGAGAGAAGCGCACGGCAGGCGAGAAGAAAAGGCGCUGACGCCUCGUUUCCGUCCUGUUGCUGACAGGCACACACUACUCGCCAGAUUGGAUCACUCCCCUUCCCUGCUCUUCCGUCUUCCGCGGGCCGGGCAAAGCUCUCUGGCGCGGCGACACUUCCUCCAAGACCUCGCCGCCGGCGUGAGGGGCAGUCGCCGCCGGCAGUCCGCGGCGCGGAGCAUCAAGGCCGCAGCAAAAGGGAGAGCAAGUGGGCGAAGUGGUACUGUUGCGGUAUUCUCCGGAACACUCUCUCCAUCCCCAUCCCCAUCCACCAAAGCAGCAGCCAGCAGCAGGUGUUCUCAAAAUGCAGUCAUCUGUGAUGGCGUUCUUCCCUAGUGUUGCCACAGCAAAACUGGAGCUGAAUUCUCUGUACAGGAAAUAUGUGGACAUGUUUGGUAUAUCGUUAAACAACUCUACCGUUGGCUGCCAUCUCACCCGCAAAAUGGCGCACCUUCCUGUUCUGUUGAUCGAUCGUACAUUUUUCAGUACUGGUUCUGCUAUUCAGAGUAUUGCCACCAGCUACGGAGCUCUUAUUCGUAGGUGGUUACUGAACAGAACUUCUGUUGUACAGCACACGCUGAUUUCCAGUGCUAUGAACUCACUGUCUUGGUGUGGCUCCUUGCCAUUCUUUGUCAGCAUUGGUGUUCUAAUCACCAAGCUCUGUGACUGCACUAUGACCCCGAACCGUUUUUGUGGUCGGCAAUGCAUCCUUAGUCAUAGUGCUAACCUCCGUGGAGAAUCAGUUUUGGUCAUGGACAAUAAUGAACUGGGCAAUGAUCAGAGCUUCUUAUCAAGUUUCCUUGGGCGCAAGCGAGAUUAUGUCGUCCUAGCGCUUCAGUGCAUCUGUUACCCUGCUUGUCUGAAGGUUGUUGAUGUCCCCCACAAGAAGCUCAGCUUCAGCAGGCAGUGGAUACGGACUGGCCAUGACACAAGUGCAAUUUGGAGGAUCAUGGCAAGGAAUGAACAAUACUUGGCAUGCAUGAUAGUCCUGGCAGCCUUGCAAGUUUUCCUGCGGCUAACCAGAGUGAAUGUUACCAUUCUGUUCUUGCCAAUGCUGUCCCGAGCCAUAAGUUCCAGGAGCAGCCCAGCAGUGAUCGGUAACAUCGUGCUGGUUUUGGUGAACUCCUGUGGAGUUCUUGGAUCUGCACUUUCAGUGAAACAGCUUGGCAGGGAGGUGACGUUCGCCAUCAGUGCCAUCGUGAUGGUAAUUUGCCAGGUCGCAAUUCCAUUGAUCCUAGAAGUUCAGAUCGGAGUUGGUGGUGGAACUCGCAUGCCGAUGGGUUACACAACAGCGAUGUUCGUCCUGACUUGUGUUGUCUCCUGCGGCCUCAGCUGGUCAUGGGGUUCAUUCUUCUGGACCUUCCCUGGUAGGAAGGUUCACUCGGCUGGACAGGUUCUGGCCAUGGCUGUGAACCUGGGCGUCUGCUUCGCCCAGAUGCAGUACUUCCUGCUGGUGCUAUGCAGGCUGAAGAACGCCACUCUUGCCUACUAUGCACUGUGGAUCUGGUCAUGAUUGGGAUUCAGCUGAGGAAAAUGCGUAGCUAGAUGAGUGUGUGUUAACUCUGGUUACUUGAGUGGGUUAGUUUGGUGGAUGUAAAUAUUUCUCUUCCCACUUCUUUAUCUUGGCCUGGUUUUGUACAGUUUUGCUGCUCUUUUCUGAUGGCUUCGCAGAUCGCAACUGUAGGGCUUGGUUA